CUUCACCUUCCCGCACCUGACCCCGGAAGGACUCCUCCUCCCGCAGCCAGCCUCUGCCGCUCGGCUCCAGGCUGCGGCAGGGAAGACACGCAUGGGCGGGCCGCACCUUGCCUGGGCCGACAGGACUUUCUGCUUCGAUGUUCACCAGGCAACCUUUUGACUCACUAAUUCAGCUUACCACAAUCUUAUUCCAGAGGUGGAGAUUUAAAGAAGAGUCAUGUCAGAAGAAACCGUAAGUGAACCACAGUUUUCCUUGAAGACUGCAGCGCUCAAAGUGUUUGAUCUUCCUCUGUCCUGGUACUAUUCUCUCUCUCAGAUCAAAUUUUCACCAAUAGCUAAAAAGUUGUUUGUGGUAACUGCAGUGAGUGCUAUAUCUGUAAUUUUUCUGGCCCAUCAUUUUAAAAGAAGACGUGGGAAGAAGAAAGGAAAGAUAUUACCAUGGGAACCAGAGCACCUCCUACUUGGAUAUGCUAAAAGAACAGCAUCAGAUAAAGGUUCAAGUUGCUCCAGUAGUAGACAGAAUUUGACAUUGUCUUUAAGUUCUGCCAAAGACAAAGGAUCUCAGUCUUGCAACUUUGCCAAUGGAGGACUUUUCAGUAAAUACUCAGGUUCUGCACAGAGUUUGGGCUCUGUCCAGAGUGUCAAUUCUUGUCACAGCUGUGCUUGUGGCAAUUCUAACUCCUGGGACAAAGCAGACGAAGAUGAUGUUAAACUUGUUAAUAUUCCUGUGACCACUCCUGAGAACUUGUACUUAAUGGGUAUGGAGUUAUUCGAAGAGGCGUUGCAUCGAUGGGAGCAGGCGCUAACCUUCCGCCACAGGCAGGCUGAAGAGGACGCCUGUGGAUCCAUUAAGCUGGGUGCAGGAGAUGCCAUCGCUGAGGAGAGCGUGGAUGAUAUUAUCAGUACUGAAUUCAUCCAUAAACUUGAAGCUCUGCUGCAAAGAGCGUAUCGUCUCCAGGAGGAGUUUGAAGCCACCCUUGGGGGAUCUGACCCUGAUUCCCUUGCCAGUGAUACUGAUAAAGAUACAGAUACCACGGUGACGGGGGAUGCAGGUGACUGUGGCCUCCGAGAUGCCUUGAGCAUUGCGUCAGCUGACUCCUUCGCUUCAGCGGCAGAGCCCACAGAGCACAGAGAAGCAAGGCAGACCUACAGCCUGGAGUCUUUCUGCCGCUGCCCCUUUUAUGAAGAAGCCAUGCAUUUAGUUGAAGAGGGGAAAAUCCACUCCAGGGUGCUGAGAACCGAAGUGUUGGAGUGCCUUGGAGACAGUGACUUCCUUGCCAAGCUGCACUGUAUUCGGCAGGCUUUUCAGGUAAUUCUUUCAGAAACAUCCAACAGGAUAUUCCUGGCUGAGAGUGGAAGGAAAAUUUUAUCAGCUUUAAUUGUCAAAGCACGAAAGAAUCCAAAGAAGUUUGAAAACGUUUUUAAUGAAAUGAUACAUUUUUUAGAGCAGACUGAUCACUGGAAUAGUACUGAAAUGGAACUUGCUGCUAGAGGGGUGAAAAAUCUAAAUUUUUAUGAUGUUGUUCUGGAUUUUAUAUUAAUGGAUUCCUUUGAAGAUUUAGAAAACCCACCCACAUCCAUACAGAAUGUAGUAAAUAAUCGCUGGCUAAACUCUUCCUUCAAAGAAACUGCUGUGGCUUCUAGUUGUUGGUCGGUGCUGAAAAAGAAAAGGCAGCAGAUGCAGAUCCCAGAUGGAUUCUUUGCCCAUUUUUAUGCCAUUUGCGAGCACAUAAGCCCUGUCCUGGCCUGGGGAUUUCUGGGUCCUAGAAAUUCUCUCUAUGACUUAUGUUGUUUCUUUAAGAGUCAGGUCGUCCUGUUCCUCAAGGACAUCUUCGACUCGGAGAAGGCGCGCUACUCCAGCGUGGAGGCGCUGGCCGAGGACCUGCGGCGGCUGCUCCUGCGCCGCACCGAGCUGCUCCUCGCCCGUCACAGGGCUGGCUGUGUGGGGCCUGGGUCUGCCAGCCGCUCCUUCCACCCCUCUGUCCCUGCAGCGCGUUGUUCCUGCCCCGGCCCUGCUACCCUCCUGCCGGCUCUGAUUGGGCUGCACAGCCUUGGCCUGUGCUCCAGAUGA